UGCUCCUAUCUAUGGCAAUUCCUGAUAACUUUAUUGGAAGAUUCUCGUUACAAAGACAUUAUUUCAUGGAUUGAUAAAAAGGAACGCAUUUUUAAAUUGCGCAAUCCAACCGCCAUUGCACACCUAUGGGGAUAUCACAAAAAUAAUGAUACCAUGAAUUAUGAAAAAUUAAGCCGUGGUCUACGCUAUUACUAUACGAAAGGCAUUUUAGCUAAAGUACCACGACAACGGCUAUGUUAUCAAUUUUUGGAUGACACCGACAAAAUUGCCAAAUCCGAGCUCAAAUAA